AUGUCAUUGCAGGACCAAAUACCCGGAGUAAGUAUGUUUCAGAAGCCAGAGGAAGCCAUUAAAGGUGGCAGCAGUCAAUACGGCAAUACGUAUAUGUAUUAUUUUUCGCACGAAACAGAGGAUUAUGAAAGGUACGGCCUGAAAGGCUCUGUCCACCUCGAAGACCUGCCGUACAUUUUGGGCUACCCGUUCUUCCAGAACGGCCCGACGAUCGAAUUCGAUGCCUUUGGCCUGAAAUUCGCGGAUGAGGAGAGGGCGCUGAGUCAAGUGCUAAUGCACUACAUAUCAACGUUCGUAAAAACCGGGUAA